CCUUUAUUGCAGUGGUGAUAUUUAAACCGGGGGAGGUAUCAGUAUUUUUUUUUUUUAAAACUCAUUUUUAGGCAGUGUCUGUUCCUUUGCUCCAGCCUCUGCUCCACAUCUGUGACUGCAGCCUUCUCCAUCCAGCUGAGAGGGAAAUUAUGUGUGCAAGAGGAGUCAGGGCUCCCUUGCCGGCACACUGCUCACAUCACUAGGACUGCCACCCCUGCUGCAGGCUCAGCCACAUGCUCGAGGAUGCUGCACCUGAAAGUCCAGUUUCUGGAUGACUCCCAGAAGAUCUUUGUAGUUGAUCAAAAAUCCUGCGGAAAAGGGUUGUUCAACCUCACCUGCAGCCACCUCAACCUUGCGGAGAAGGAAUAUUUUGGGCUGGAGUUUCGCAGCCAGGCUGGGAACCAGGUCUGGUUGGAACCACUAAAACCCAUAACAAAGCAAGUCAAAAAUCCUAAGGAGGUUCUUUUCAAAUUUAUGGUGAAAUUUUUCCCAGUGGACCCCGGCCACCUGAGAGAAGAGCUGACCAGGUACCUCUUCACCCUCCAGAUCAAGAAGGACCUGGCACAGGGGCGGCUGCCCUGCAGUGACAAGAGCGCGGCGCUGCUCGUCUCCCACCUGCUGCAGUCUGAGCUGGGCGACUUCCACGAGGAGACAGACCAGCAACACCUGGCGACCCACAGGUACCUGCCCAACCAGGAGUACCUGGACAACAAGAUUAUGCACUACCACCGGAGACACAGAGGGAAGACACCGGCCGAGUCAGAUGUUCAGCUGCUGGACGUGGCCAGGAAGCUGGAGAUGUACGGGAUUCGCCCACAUCCUGCCAGCGACGGCGAGGGGACACAGAUCAACCUGGCUGUGACACACAUGGGGGUGCUGGUCCUGCGGGGCAAUACAAAAAUCAACACCUUCAACUGGUCCAAAAUCCGCAAACUGAGUUUCAAAAGGAAGCAUUUUCUCAUCAAGCUCCAUGCAAAUAUCUCUGAGCUGUGCAAGGACACACUGGAGUUCACUAUGGCGAGCCGGGACACCUGCAAGGCUUUCUGGAAGACGUGUGUGGAGUACCACGCCUUCUUCAGGCUCUCUGAGGAACCCAAGUCAAAGCCCAAAGCCCUUCUGUGCAGCAAGGGCUCCAGCUUCCGCUACAGUGGGAGGACGCAGCGGCAGCUGCUGGAGCACGGGAGGAAGGCAAAGAUGAAAAGCCUCCCCUUCGAGAGGAAGCACUACACAUCCCGCUAUGACGAGAGGCAGUGCCGCUCCUCCCCAGACCUCCUGACGGAUGUCUCCAAGCAGGUGGAGGAGCUGCGCUUGGCCUAUGGCAGCCGGGGCUCGUACCACGCCAACGGAGUGCACGCCUCCGAGCCCACCCUGGACAGCCGGCGCCGGAGCUCCACGGUGGAGGUGACAUUCGCCGCUGAGCUGGAACACUCCAGGCCCGAAGCAUCCUCCACCUUCCUCCCCCACUCCAAAAGCUCGUCUGCCUUCCCCCUGCUCUAUGCUGAGCUGGAGAUGGAGCGGGCAUGGGAGCCCAUGGACCUCUUUGGUGCCAGGAACCCUUUGACAUCCUUUCGGCCCCACCACCAGUUCUCUGGGAACAAUAAAAGCACCUCGGUGGGCAACAUGCAGGAGGUGAGUGCCCGGCCACUCGUGUACAUGGAUGUGCCGUGUCCCCUGCCCGUGGCUGCCCCGGCCCCGCAGCUCCUCUUCUACAUGGACAGGGCCCCACAGCCCCCGUGCCAGACGCUGGCACCUGGUGAGGACGCAGCAGGACUAGUUGGUCCAUCUGGCCCCGUGGCAGCAAAACCCCCCAGGCAGAGCCCGGGUGGGACCCAGGCUGGGGAGUUUGACCGUGAGGCUGCGGGCACGGCAGUGGGCAGAGGCGUGGUGGGGGAGAACAGGCCACUGGCUCGCUCCUUCGAUUACGGCCUUCAGGAUCAGCCUCCCAAGCGCUCUUGGAGCCAGUCGGACAUGAAAACCAUGCGCUUCCCCUAUGGCUCUGAGUUCAGGCCCCUGGGGCCGUGCCCUGCCCUGAGCAGCCGGAAAGCAGGUGUGUUUUGGCACGUACCAGCCCAGCAAGGCCUGGCACUGGGGCCACGGCGCUCCACCGAGCGCUACCUGGGCAGCAGCACCGAGUCCAGCGACUCCGACUCGGACCUCCUGGCCGCCGACUACUGCUCCCUGUACGGGCGGGUGCUGCGCUCACCCAUGGCCCGGGUGCGCCUGUCCUCCGGCAGCCUCCAGCUGGAUGAGGAGGAUGAGGAGGUGUCCUUCGCCACCAGCGCUGCUGAAAAGACUUCCAGGGGGCCCUCCAAGUAUUUCACCUAGGUGCCUGACACCAGCCAGAGGGAGCAGAGGUGACCGCUGCUGACCCAGGACCAUGGAACGGUGACACUCUUGUUUGCUUACAGCUAAUGAAACAUUGAUGGGCUUCUGUUGUGUGAGUGCUCCAGGGUGUGUUAACAGACAGCAGGGGAGUGUUCAGAAGUAUUCAACCCCUGCUGGUGUGUCUCUGCCACCAUACAUGGGAGGUCUUGCUUCAGCAAGGGGCCAGGGCUUUCCCAAAGCUCUGUUAAGACCCUGUGUCCUGCCCAAACUGAUGGGUAGGACACAGCCCAUUAUGCUUUGGAGCUCAGCUGCUGGAGUCUUCACUGAGGGGGGAGGGAGAAAAAGAAAAGACUUCUCAUGGAACAGUUUAAGCCGCUGUUUUUCCCAGCUGCAGGGAAGUACACUGGUGGGAAGGGUGUUUGAGGCCCCUUUGGAGACGAGCAGGAUGUUCAUGGAGGUCUGCUCCAGGAAAUGACUCCAUGUGGACACAGCCAAUGCACAGAGCCCAUCUCCUUCAUUUGCCUCACCUCCCUUCAACGCUGCAGGGAGCAGAUGGCUCUUGAGGACAAGGGGGGUAUGGGUGCUCCUUGCAAUUCCUGGAGCCAUGGAGGAAGCAAACUGCUUUGUCUUCUCCCUUGCCAGUUUAGGGCAUUAUCCUUGAGAUAGCAGGACCCUACUUAAAUCUCGGGUAGAGAAGCACGUAAGGGGGUCUUCUGUUUCCCAAAAUCAGGCCUCAGUUAAGCAGCACAGGGAAAAAGACCUCAGGAGGUGGUAGGAAAGGAACAGGCAGCUUCUUGGAAGUAUUUUUAUUACAAAAACUAUUACCCUAAACCUACAUGAAAUCUACUCAGAAAUCUUGAGACUGAUGACACCUCUGUAAGAUUUUAGGGGAGCUCUUGAUAAUUUUCUUUAAAAACAACCCUGUAAGUCUUUGUAGGACAUGACUGUAAGCAGAGGGACAGCCCAGAAAAUCCACAGUGGAGAAACCACUGUGACCUGCUAGAAUGGAUUUCAGAAAUAAGGAAGCUGGAACAAAAAAAGUAAGUUAAAACAUAAAAAGAACUGGUCUUACGGGUACUGCUCACCCUGGGCACUGCUGUCCUUUGUUUUAGAAGGUGGAAAAUAAAAAUAAGUUGUUCACAAUGGAGUUUUGGGUUCCUCCUUCUGCCCUGUGCCAUCUGCACCCCCAGGCCACCUUGCCCUGCUCCUUGGCAGCCUGGCUCGCUCUGUGCAACUGGGGAGACUUGCUGAGGUCCCUGAAUGCUGCUGAAAACUGCCACAUUCUUGGCUGGUUGCCCAAAGGAAUGCAUUAGACCAACAAGCGAGCACACUGUAAGGUUUGCUUCUGUUCCUGGUUACCCUGUGCUGAAGCUGUGAACUACAGGGAUCCCUCACACUGCUCUGGCACAUACUCUGUUGGGAAAAAAAAAGGGAUAAUUCUUCUGGUUAGAGUUGUUUCUUCCCUUUCCCAAAGCUCUGCACCUUGGAAAGAGCAAAAACCACCACUCACUCCAGAGAAUAGCAAUCUCUAUGUGCAUGAUGUUUUAGAAGGUUAAAAGAGCACCAGUGUUUCAAACAGGCUGCACACAUGGCCCAGAUAGUGUCCCUCCCAGGGAUAUACCCACAAUCACUGUUGGCUCCUGAAAACAUAUGGACACACAGCCCUUGCUGGCCCAGGUCAGCUUUACCUUGAGCAUGUCCCAGAGCAGACACACCACCCCAUCAAGAGGGAUCAACGCACAGCUAUCCUGCUUAAAUCUUCAGGAGCUGCCAGCUUUGGUGCUCAGGGCUAUGCUGGGAAAACAGCAUUGAGAAGGAGAAACAAGGACUUGGGAACUAUUUUUGGAUUUUUCCAUUGACUAGAGAGCACUGGUGCACAGCGUGGCACUGUGCCUCAGCACAUCCUACAGGACAGUCAACAAUAGCAGAGGAACAAAGCAGCUCGUCAGCAAGUGACAGAAAUUAACAUCUCCAAGCUAUAUUCAUUGCGUAAACCAGCUUUCUUGGGAUUGCUAAAAUUAAGGAACAAUCCCAGCAAGCAGUGGCUCACAUGUCAAGGAACAAUUGAAACAAGCAUUGAGUAAGUCCUUCUCCCUAGUCCCUGCUCAGCCCUGUUCACCCCAAAGAGACAAGCACAUCUGUGUGAUUCUGUUUCUUCUAAGGAAGAAAACAAGGAUAUAGAGAGGACAUGGAAGUGGUGAAAGACAGACAGCAGUACCUGGAAAACUUAAACUGUUACAGCCCCUACACAAGGAAGUAUUAUAGAAGGGGAGGAGGCACAGCAGCAUUACAGUGUGAAAACAUUAACCUACUCAGUGCAUUCAGACUGAGGUAACUGGUUUAUAUAAAAUAGAUAAAGCUGAUCUAAUUCAGAUGCACAAUGUUCAGUGACUUUUUAGGCAGAGGUGUUAGGAAAUAAAAAGAAGCAAAAUGUACACAAUAUUCAAAGAACUUCACUUUGGAGAAGCACUGACAGGUUUCAGCAGAGUUACCUCAUCUCUGUAUAAGUGUUACUUCAUAUUGGAAAGACGUUAAAUAAGACAAACCAGCAUAUAUACCAUUAAAACUCAGCAAAAGAGAAAAAUAAUUUUAUUCCAGUGUUAAGUCAUAAAACAGUGUGAUAAGAAUCAGACUUUCAACAAUUGCUAAACUUUGUGCAAACACAUUGAAAUCUACGUAUCUCCUAUUCAGCUACUGACAUUAGAUUGAAGGCAGGAGCAGGUGUGACAACACUACACUUAAUUACUGUACAGAAGCGAAGAGAGGGGUCAGAGACCAAGGGCUUUAAGAGAGGUUACACUGAUACAGGACU